AUGGCUACAGAUCGCCCUAGCUCUGCUCUGGAGGCUGACAACGAGAGAGGCACGUCCCAUGGGCAUGUCCCUCGUUCCCUGCCUCCCACCGCCUUCCUCCCGCUAUGGCAGAUCGCCCUAGCUCUGGAGGCUGACAAUGUUACCAUCGCCCUAGCUCUGGAGGCUGACAAUGUGACUGUUGUGGAUGUCAACGGCGACGGUCAGCACGUUAGCAUUGAGGUGGUGUCGAAGCUGUUUGAGGGGAAGCGCAGCUUGGACAGGCAGCGCAUGGUGUAUCGGGCAAUCUGGGAGGAGCUUCAAGGCGCAGUGCACGCCGUUGACUCUCUCGUUACAAAAACGCCUUCGGAAGUGUAG